AAAAGGAAAAACUAAGAAAUGGGCGAUGUGGACAAGUGGAUCGAGACGGUGAAAGAGUGCAAGUACCUGCCGGAGAAUGAGCUGAAGAAUCUGUGCGAGAUGGUGUGCGACAUACUGCUGGAGGAGUCAAACAUUCUGCCCGUGAGCACGCCCGUCACCGUCUGCGGCGAUAUCCAUGGCCAGUUCUAUGACCUGGAGCAGCUAUUCCGGACGGGCGGCCAGGUGCCGGACACAAACUACAUAUUCAUGGGCGACUUUGUGGACCGCGGCUACUACUCACUGGAAACAUUCACCCGCCUGCUGACGCUCAAGGUGCGCUACCCCAAUCGGAUAACGCUACUGCGCGGCAACCACGAGACGCGGCAGAUCACCAAGGUCUAUGGCUUCUUCGACGAGUGCUUCAGCAAGUAUGGAAAUGCCAAUGGCUGGAAGUAUUGCUGCAAGGUGUUUGAUCUGCUCACCAUAGCCGCCAUCAUCGACGAGGAGGUUCUGUGCGUUCACGGCGGACUGAGUCCCGAGAUCAUCACUCUUGACCAGAUCCGGACAAUCGAGAGGAACGGCGAAAUACCCUACAAGGGUGCAUUCUGCGAUCUAGUGUGGUCCGAUCCCGAGGACAUGGAGUUCUGGGGCCAGAGUCCACGUGGCGCUGGCUGGCUGUUCGGUCAUAAUGUGACCAAGGACUUUAUGACGAUCAAUAACCUGGACCUGAUCUGUCGGGCGCAUCAGCUAGUCAACGAGGGCAUCAAGCACAUGUUCGAGGGCAAGCUGGUGACCGUGUGGUCGGCGCCCAACUACUGCUAUCGAUGCGGCAACGUGGCGGCAAUCCUCAGCUUCGAUACGGCGAAACAGCGGCAGGCGACGAUCUUUCUGGCGGUGCCGGAUGCGGAGCGGGUGAUACCUAAGCAGAACACGACGCCGUACUUCCUCUAAACCGAUGUGAUUCGAACCGAACCAAACCGAUCCGCCCACCAUUCAAGCUGGGGAGAUUAUAGAUGUACGCUUCUUGGACACGGCGUGGAGAGCAGCCUUCGAGCCGAAGCCAACUGUCUACGUUAGCCGCCUUUAUCGCCGCCUUUACCCAACCCCCACUCCAAAACACACGCCCACAAAGGCACUGUCAACGCACACACAGGCCCACACCUGCAAUAUGCGCUCCUACUUUUGUUAUGGCCAAAAACAUAUCUAUUUUACAAGGUCAACAAGUAAAUCCCAUUGACAAUUUAAAUUUAAAACAAGUAUUGCAUUUACUGAUGUUCAAGCAGAAGCUACAUAUAUGUAUAUGUAUAUAUAUAUUUUGUAUUCCAAAAACCUAUUUAUUUCCGUGUGGAAAAAACAAGAAUAGCACAACCCUGGAAUAAGA